UUCACAACCUGCGAGUUCUCCACGCCGCCUACAACACCUUACAGGUGUUGCCUGACAGCUGUGUAUCAGCGUGGCAGGAGAUGGAAGAGCUGGUGCUGUCAGGGAAUCAAUUGUUAUAUAGCAUAGAUAAUCUAGAAGAUUUAGUUACAGUAUGUUACAGCUGUGUAUCAGCGUGGCAGGAGAUGGAAGAGCUGGUGCUGUCAGGGAAUCAAUUGUUAUAUAGUAUAGAUAAUCUAGAAGAUUUAGUUACAGUAUGUUACAGCUGUGUAUCAGCGUGGCAGGAGAUGGAAGAGCUGGUGCUGUCAGGGAAUCAAUUGUUAUAUAGUAUAGAUAAUCUAGAAGAUUUAGUUACAGUAUGUUACAGCUGUGUAUCAGCGUGGCAGGAGAUGGAAGAGCUGGUGCUGUCAGGGAAUCAAUUGUUAUAUAGUAUAGAUAAUCUAGAAGAUUUAGUUACAGUAUGUUACAGCUGUGUAUCAGCGUGGCAGGAGAUGGAAGAGCUGGUGCUGUCAGGGAAUCAAUUGUUAUAUAGUAUAGAUAAUCUAGAAGAUUUAGUUACAGUAUGUUACAGCUGUGUAUCAGCGUGGCAGGAGAUGGAAGAGCUGGUGCUGUCAGGGAAUCAAUUGUUAUAUAGUAUAGAUAAUCUAGAAGAUUUAGUUACAGUAUGUUACAGCUGUGUAUCAGCGUGGCAGGAGAUGGAAGAGCUGGUGCUGUCAGGGAAUCAAUUGUUAUAUAGUAUAGAUAAUCUAGAAGAUUUAGUUACAGUAUGUUACAGCUGUGUAUCAGCGUGGCAGGAGAUGGAAGAGCUGGUGCUGUCAGGGAAUCAAUUGUGCCAACUGCCAGAGAACAUGACGAGGUUGGCACACCUGCGAGUGUUGAGGAUGCACUCCAACCUGCUUCGCUCCUGUCCUGGCUUCGGCUCAAUAUCUGCGCUCAGGGUGUUGGAUCUAGCUCAUAAUCAGCUGGAUCGAGUGAAUCUCGCAACACUAGUGUCUCAGAGACUACAGUUCCUGGACAUCUCUGGCAACACCAGGUUACAUGUGGACGCCAAGCAGUUCCAGGCGUACAGGACACAGAGAACCAUGAGCCUUGUUGAUGUGUCAGGACAGAACCGCAACUGUCUGCCAUCCUCCCCUCCUCACCAGGAAGUUCCCACAGCAGACCUCGACUCUCCUUGGACUCUUGGCUUCUCAGAGACUCCAGGCAACAGAGACAGGUUGUGUAUAGCCCAACUGAGGCUUCCCGGGUUCUGUAACACAGAGGCUCUCCUGGGUCUGUUCGACGCAGGUAACAGCUCAGAACUGCCCCAGCUGUUGGUCAAGACAGUGCCUCGCAUCCUACUGGAGGAGCGCACUGUUAAGGAGACGGCAGCCGACUACAUGAAGUACACCAUGUUGUCUGCACACAGAGAGCUGAAGGAGAUGGGGCAGAGAUGUGGGAUGUGUGCGGUGCUGUGUCACAUAAGCCGUCAGAAGGUAGGAGGCCCUCGGAGAUACGUCCUCAGGAUAGCAAGUGUGGGAGAGGCCAAGGCCCUCCUGUCUCGCACUUCCGGCUCUCUCACUCUAGCACAUGCCUCCACUCAGCAGCCCGUGAGGAGUCAGCUCGGCAACAGUGCGAUGUUCCCGAUGGUAGUUCCUGAUCCUCACGUCACCGAAGUGGUCUUGUCUGAGCAGGACGAGUUUCUCAUAAUCGCUAACAAAAGCCUGUGGGAGGUGGUAGGCGUACAGGAGGCUGUGAAACUUGUACGCCCUGUGACAGACGCUGUACUAGCUGCCAAAAGGUUACAAGACACUGCUCAGAGCUACGGCUGUGAAGAGAAUCUCAGCGUUCUGGUAUUGCGGUUCCAUUCCCUUCGGCUUUAUGCAGAGCCGGAUCCCUUCGUCAGAGAACUUCGUUCCACCCUAAGGAAAGCUGCUUCUCAGGUGGAUAUGCUGUGUGAGGAUCCAGAAGGGGAAGGGGAUCGAUCAUCACCGAGUGGCCAAAGUGAUCAAGCCAGCAGUGGACGCCCUCCGGACAUUUCCACAGUACAGACAAGGCACUACGUAGCUGAUAAGAAUGAUUUGAUAAUGCCUCGACAAUACCAGUCUGUGUUGAUGCAUGAGAAUGGGACCAGGAAAAUGACUCCUAACCACAAGGGUCUGGAUCUCUAUUCCAACGGGAACCUGGCGGAUGGUGAAGAAACUUCUUCUGAAAGGUCUACCCAAUUGUCAGAAGAGCAGUUUCGGUGCUGGGAGUAUAUGUUGGAACAGAACACACAAUUGCUGUUCGACAAAGAGUUGGACACUCUGUCACGCGGCUUCGUACGCCGCUCUGUACCCUCCAGACCGACUCUCUGGCCUCGCGCUAAGAGCAAUCCUGCACUUAAUGAACAACCCCAGCCGCCUUUUCUCUCCAGGCAUUUUGGAAGUGCCAGAUCGUUUCAUCCUAUCCCCAACAGACCACUGGCCGCUACCCGCUCCCUACACGGGGGCCCGAACGCAGCCUACUUCGGCAGUCUACAACGCCUCAUGCCUUAUCACUUGGAGUACGACUUCUCCGUCAUCAAAGAGAGAUUGGAACCAAACGUUGACUCUCUGGAGCAAGACGGAGGGAGGAUGCACAAAUACUGGGAUGUCGCCACAACCGAACUGUGAUUCUCCGCAAUCCUCACAAACAUCUCUGCAAUAUCAUCUAGUGCAAGACUGGUGCAAUAAUGUAUCUUAGCUCUCAAACUUAGACCAAAUAUUGUCUACCAAACAAUGUAAGCAGACAUCAAUAUUGGUAACUUUACAGGCUUUGUCUCUUGUAUGUACAUACAAAAAUAAUUGUUUUAAAUGUUCAUAUAUGUUGUAACUUUAAAAACCAUUUUUAUUGCUAAGCGUUGUGUGAUAAUUGUUCAAUUUGUACGUUAAUAAAGUUGUAAAUAUAUCAAAUA